AUGGACUUGGUGGUGGCCGAGGUUCCGGUGAUGGACUUGGUGGUGGCCGAGGUUCCGGUGGUGGACUUAGUGGUGGCCGAGGUUCCGGUGAUGGACUUGGUGGUGGCAGAGGUACCGGUGGUGGACUUGGUGGUGGCCGAGGUUCCGGUGGUCGAGGUUCCGAUGGUGGACUUGGUGGUGGCCGAGGUUCCGGUGGCCGAGAUUCUGGUGGUGGCCGAGGAUCCAGGGGUGGCCGUGGUAGAGGACGAGUUACCGGUGAUGGUGCUCGUGGUAGGGGUAGAGGUUCGGGUGGUGGUAGAGGAGGUUUCAUGGGUAGAGGCCGUGGUAAUGCUAGAGCAAUAUAUGGCGGCUUCUCAACCCAACAAGGCAACAAUGAAGGGGCUUGAGGAUGGCGAAGGUGAGAUGGCGGGGUGGUGGGAGAAGGCUGCGAAGAAGCUAAGAGAGGAGGAUGUAGCCGCACUAAAGAAGAAGAAGGAAGAGGAGCUCGAAGAGAAGAGGAAGGAACAAGAGAGAGCAGAUUAUGAGUGUCGCGCUAGGGAGCAUGCGUUGAAGAGGAAAUGUGAGAGGGCACAGAAGAAGCGUCUCAAGGAUUUUGAAGAAAGAACCUUGAAGCUUUGGUGUGCGCUGGAAACGCCAACACCCCUGGCGUUUCUGACCUACAUCGAAACGUUCUACGUGGCCUGGCAUUUCUUUAAGAUAGAAGCUGCCUGGGACGUAGCCCUCUGGAGUGUUCUGCCAUCCAGGACGUCGGAUGGUUCUUGA